UUCAAAUGUUUGGUUCGUUUUCUGGGGUGAUAACAAAUGACACUGGCUGUAGACGAAAUAAUAAAUUCCGAGACUUUUUAGAGGUCAUCAAGAUGGCAGAUGCACUGUUUACGUGCAUCACAUGUCGUGUAGCGUUCCACGAUGCCGACACCCAGCGAGCUCAUUACAAGAGCGACUGGCACCGAUAUAAUCUGAAGAGGAAAGUCGCUGAGAUGCCACCAGUCACGGCAGAGAACUUUCAACAACGAGUGCUGGCACAGAGGGAAAAGGUUUCUGAGCAAGAAAAGACCACAUCAAGUCACUGCCAGCUGUGUAACAAACAUUUCAGUUCUCUAAAUGCCUACAGCAAUCACCUCCAGUCCAAGAAACACAAAGAAUUACAGAGUAAAAACGAGGCAGAGAAAGUGAAAGCCGAUGUGGACCGAAAAAACGAAAUCAACAAACACAAAAGCCAGCCAAGAGCUGGGGAUAAAAAUACAGCUAAGGAAACGUCUAAGAAAGGUACGCAGCCUUCCAUUGGUGAGGAAGAUGGCCAGUCUGUAGGUAUCGACCAAUUAGGACAGUCAGCAGUUAAGGCGCAGGAAAGAGUUCUGACAGAGCUAGAUGACGAAGACAUGGUUGAGGACGAUUCUGAUGCAGAAUCCUGGGAGAGUUUUGACGGGGAAGGCCUGGGCGUGGAAGAGUGUCUGUUCUGUUCACAGGUCAGCCAAUCCAUGGAGGACAACCUGAGACACAUGACCGUCAAGCACGGCUUCUUCCUCCCCGAUGCCGAGUACAUCUCUGACCUGGAGGGGCUCAUUUCAUAUCUAGGUCAGAAGGUUGGGGAGGGUAACGUUUGCCUGUGGUGUAAUGAGAAAGGUCGCAGGUUCCAGUCUACACAGGCUGUACAGAGGCACAUGGUGGACAAGGGACACUGUAAGAUGCUACAUGAAGGAGAGGCAGUGCUGGAGUAUGCUGACUUCUAUGACUACAGGACUAGUUACCCAGACUUUGCUGAGUCUGAGGGUGGGGCUGCAGCGUCCCCUGGUGUGGGGGAGGAGCCAAUGGAAGAAGAUGAGGAGGAAGUGGAUGAGGAGCCACUGGAGAGUGACGGAUAUGAGCUGGUCUUACCGUCAGGGGUGACCGUGGGUCAUCGCUCGUUACAGCGGUAUUAUUGCCAGAACUUGCCACAGCGGAGGGCCCCCCGGGGACAGUCUGUCAUGCCACGCCUUCUGGCUCAGUACAAGGCGCUGGGAUGGACUGGCAUCAAAGGGGAAGCAGCUGUACAGAAGGCCAAAGACCUGGCCGAAUUCCGCCGCUUGCGCCAUCAUCACUACAUGAAACUCGGGGUCAAGGCCAAUAAACUACAGCAUCAUUUCCGCUGCCAAGUCAUCUUCUGAUUGGACAAAGAGGACAGUGAGACAUAAUCAGCUCUAAUGGAGAGGCUACAUGUGGAUGAAGCCCAUUUUGGGGGGUUUUUU